UCCCACGGACCCAAUCAUUUCCCGUUUCUUAACUCACGCAGAAACAACGUUGUGUGGCCUAAACAGUAGAUUAGGUAGCUAGUCUUGUUUAUUCUUCACCUACAUAUCGAAUUUAGGCUGUUCGUAUUAGUGGACAUAAAACGAAAGCUAUGCCUCUGUCCGAUCAAGAACAGAGAGGCCCCAGAAGACGACGACGGAGCCGAUCUGGCAGCGGCAGUCGAUCUCGCGACUCCAGUCCAGUCUUUGGGCCCAUGCCCAAGACCCCCAGAUAUGAAGAAGACCUUAAACCUCCUCGAAUGUCCGAGAGAGAAAGAGAAAUGAGAGAGAGAAAUGCCAAAAGGUUUCGUACGGAAAACCCCCGCAGUCGUUCUAGAUCUCGAGAGAGGUACAGUAACCACAGCUGGUCCGAUCAGCGCGGUGGCGGCGCUGGUAGAUACGGAGGUGGUGGUGGCAGGAAUGAUUACUACGAACGGGAUGAUGCUCAACGCCAGAGACAAGACGCCUUCAUCUCCAGGCGGCUACAAGAGAGGGAGAGAAUUGGUGAACUUGGAUCACCUGAAGUCUGGGGCUAUUCACCAAGGGUAAUGGCACCAGACUCUGAUGAACAUACCCCAGUUGAAGAGGAUGUGAAAAACAGCAGUUCAGAUUCAAGCUCAUCCGAUGAUAAAAAGAAGAAAAAGAAGAAGAAGAAAUCCAAAAAGAAGAAGAACAAGAAACACUCCAAUGACAGCGAGUCAGAGUCGGACUCUGGUGACGAGGAAGUGAAAAAGAAGAAAAAGAAGAAGAGCAAAAAGUCAAAGAAGUCCAAGAAGAGGAAGGCGAAGAAGAACCGCAAGCAGUCAGCGAGCGACUCCAGCAGCGACGGGUCGGAGGAGGAGGACGCCAACGGGGAUCUGUGGGUGGAAAGGACCUGCAUCGACGAACACAUGGUGGGCCCUGAGGCCCCACUCACUCACCUGUCCCAGGACGACAAGCCUCUCGAUUUUGGUCAUGCACUGCUGCCAGGUGAGGGUGCCGCUAUGGCAGAGUACGUGAAAGCAGGCAAGCGUAUCCCAAGAAGAGGUGAAAUUGGGUUGACCAGCAACGAAAUCGCAACCUUUGAGAUGUCUGGCUUUGUGAUGAGCGGUAGCAGACAUCGUCGUAUGGAGGCUGUGCGUCUGAGAAAGGAAAACCAGAUCUACAGUGCUGAUGAAAAGAGAGCCCUGGCAUCUUUCAACCAGGAGGAAAGGAGAAAGAGGGAAAGCAAAAUCCUCUCCAGCUUCAGAGAAAUGGUGUACAGGAAAACUAAAGGCAAAGAGGAGAAAUGAACCACUUUGUUUUUCUCCUUUCAGAACUUUCAGCUUUGGAGACCAUUUUUUACCAACAUUAUCUUUCGUUGUUUAGUUUCCCAUCGUUUCAUGAUUUGAUAAUGUAUUUUUUUUCCUUCUUUGUAUUGUGAAUUAGGCCUAUAUUUUAAGCAUCUGACACAGUGGAUUAUUUUGUUUAUGUAGAAAGUUGUCAGUAAAUGAAUAUUGGAAAGGGCUUGUUUUCCUGGGGUCACAAAGCAAACACAAGAAUGGACCAGGAAGCUAUACUUAGCCUAAUACAAAAUGUCUCUGUACACUAUUACAAUAUUGUGCAUCCCAACAUAAAUCCAAUCCAUCCCUGAACCUUCUACCUAUUGAUGUAACUUUUAAUGUUGGAAAAGUGCCUGUAAAAUCACAAGUUACGUGUUCAGGAUUAAUAAAUGAUUAAAAAAUA